AUGGCGGCUUGAGGUUGACCACAUUAACUUCAAGCGAUAUUAGCCAACAUACUGACGCGAUUUAAACGCCCAAACUCUUGUCUGAAAGGAAAAGUUAUUAUUGGACUACAUCACUACAAUCACGGAGAUACUCAGGGAAUCAUUUGGUGACUGUUGAGCUAUAAAUUAGUCAGCUUGAACGGGGUAAAGUUAUUUGGAAAUAAUUGCUAACUUAGCUAGCUAAUGCUAGCAGGCGAAUUUUAAACUUCAAUGUUUAUUGCGUUGAAAAGAUAAAUGCUCUGCACUUUUAGUAUGUGGAGUUGUGGUUGCACUUCCGUUGCGUAUGACGGGUGUAUACUUUGAGAAAUACAUGCAGAAUGGAAAUAGUUAAUAGCUCAUAAGCCUAAGACGUUUGAAUUUACCUGUGGUAACGUUAACGUUACACAUGCUAGCUAGCUGUAUAACUUAGCGUUAGCAAGAUUUUGCUAGCCCUGGGCAAGGUUUUGCCUCGCUAACUACGUUAGCUCACUAGCGUAAGUCCUUUCAUUACACCAUCAGUGUUUUGUUUUGGUAGCAAAAUGCUUCGUUUCAGCGGAGGAUAGCUAGCAUAGCUAGCGAAUUGUGCUAGCUAUGCAUUGAUUUUGAGUAAGAAUAUUCAAUGAGAUAGGCACAUUGUUUAGACAAUAAUAGUUUCGGACAGACCAGUGUUGAUUAAGAGAUUUCAGGGUUAUGGUUAGCUAGUUAAAUGGUAAGGCAGGCUCACGUUAGCUGUAACGUUACUUAAGUUGAUGUUAACUUUGCAGUGAGGACAAAGUACAUCUGUCAUAUCUAAAAGGAACGCUAACAGUUAAUGCCAAUCGGUGUAUAACCGAGCAUAACUGAAUUUUCUCUCAGCCAUAGUUUCAAAUGUUUUUAAGACCUAACGUCACGUUUGUAAAGCAGAUUCAUCUGGUUGCCAUACUUCCUCUGGUUAGCUAGUUUAGUUGCUAACAAUAAGUGGCUCGCUAAUCUAUGUCUAGCUAACGUUAAUGUUUAUGAAUUCUCCGUGAUUGAAAAGUGGCGGUCAAUGUAAUUUCUUUGCAACGCUAGUUCAUUGCAUAUCACACACGUUUGCUGUGAGGAACUCAGGGGACAUUAACUGUAAUAUAGGUGCUGUUAUUAUCAAACAUGGACGAAUCUCGCCCACGAUACAGUAAACGACUGCAGUUUAGGGCUUUGCCUGGGUGCACUUACAUUGGGCAUCUGACUCUGUAGUGCUGCUAGAGACACGUAGAUUGAAAACUUCAAUACAGUUAACAGCAAUCAUGACCAAACAAAGGUCAGGCACGAGGCGGCGCUACCACGACGAUGGCAUCUCGGACGACGAGAUUGAGGGAAAGAGGACCUUUGACCUGGAGGAGAAGUUGCGGAGUGAUCGCUUUAGCUCCGAUCGGGUCAGGCGGCUCGUCGGGAAAGAGUUCAACUUUGAGUACAUCCAGAGAGAGGGGCUUCGUGACCCCAUCAUCUUUGAGAGGCCAGAUGGACUGGGCAUCAAGAUGCCAGACCCUGACUUUAGCGUCAAUGAUGUGAAAAGUUACGUAGGCAGUCGGCGGGUGGUUGACGUGAUGGAUGUGACCACUCAGAAGAACAUCGAGAUGUCCAUGGCGCACUGGAGGCGAUACUAUGAGACACCACACGCCCAGAGGGAAAAGCUAUACAACGUCAUCAGUCUGGAGUUUAGCCACACUAAGCUAGAGAACCUAGUGCAACGGCCUGCAACGGUGGACAUCAUUGAUUGGGUGGACAACAUGUGGCCCCGGCACCUGAAGGAGCGACAAAGAGACUCCACCAAUGCCAUCAUAGACAUGCAGUACCCCAAAGUGCAGAAAUAUUGUUUGAUGAGUGUGCAGGGCUGCUACACAGACUUUCACAUUGACUUCGGGGGCACGUCUGUCUGGUACCACAUACUGCGAGGAGGAAAGGUGUUCUGGCUGAUCCCACCCACACCGCAGAACCUGGAGCUCUAUGAGAACUGGGUGCUGUCGGGCAAACAGGGGGAUAUCUUCCUGGGGGACAAGGCCACCGACUGCCAGAGGAUAGAACUCAAGCAGGGAUACACAUUCAUCAUACCAUCAGGCUGGAUCCACGCAGUCUACACGCCUGUGGACACGCUGGUCUUUGGUGGGAACUUCCUGCACAGUUUCAACAUCCCUAUGCAGCUCAACAUCUACGGCAUAGAGGACCGCACGCGGGUCCCUGCCAAGUUCCGCUACCCGUUCUACUAUGAAAUGUGUUGGUAUGUGCUGGAGAGGUACCUUUUCAGCCUGACCAACACAUCGCACCUGACACCAGAGUUUCAGAAACACUCUCUGGGGAUUGGUCUGAAGCGGGAAACCUCCAGCGAAGAUGGUGAAAAUCUCAAUGGACACACCAAAGAGGAAGAUGACGAGGAUGAUGAGAAGCCGCCCUCUCCCCUCAUCAAGCCUGGGGUCAAAGUUCACCUGACUGCGUUUGAACUCGAAGGGCUGUGGAGCCUGCUGGGGAAGCUGGAGUCCCUGCCCUCCCAUAAGAAGUGUGUCCCUGCUGGCAUACACAACGCACCCGCCCUGCUGCAUGACAUCAGGGCACUGCUAAAGGAGCAUGCUGGUGACAUCCCCAAACUAUCUUACACUGGAAAACCCAUUGUAAAGUGGCCAAGGAGGCCCUCGUGGUAUCAGCCCCCUCCUCCCCCGGCCCCUGUGGGGCGCCCCCGCCUGUCCAGCACGGUGGUGACGCCGCGGCCGGUGAAGCCGCCCUCGUCCAUGUCGGUGCUGCGGCGGAGGCGCGUGCGCUGCAAGCGCUGUGAGGCCUGCCUGCGCACCGAGUGCGGCGAUUGCAACUUCUGCAGAGACAUGAAGAAGUUUGGCGGCCCCGGCAAGCUCAAGCAGACCUGUGUGCUUCGCCAGUGCCUGGCGCCUGGCCUGCCCCUGUCUGCGGCGUGUGAGGUGUGUGGGGAGGGGAACCCUGAGCCCGGCGAGGCCCAGACCUUCUCCCUCAUGCUCAUGGAGUGCUCCAACUGUGCACAGAUCGCUCACCCUGGGUGCCUUAAGGUGCCAGGGGACGGAGUGGUAAAUAAAGACCUGCCCAGCUGCUGGGAGUGCCCCAAGUGUGUCCUGGACCAGGGCAACAACUCCGAGUCGUCGGGCAGCGGCGACGACGGCCCAGCGAGCGGGAGUCUGCUCCUGCUGCCCGCGGCCCAGCGGCUCCUGGCGCCCGAGGGGCCCGCGCUGGGUCGGCACGCCCAGGGAGCUGGGGCCGUGUGGCGAAGGGCGGGCCGCCCCCCUUCCUCCUCCUCCUCUCCCCUCCCUCUCGCCCAGGGCUCGCCACGGCAACGGGCGGCCACCCUGGAGCAGCAGCGGCGGCUCAGGAAGAGGAUUAAGUUGGAGCGGAAGAAAAUCCAAAUGAAACGGAAGUCCUCCUCACUGGACGGUCGUCCCGCUAAGUUGUAUCGCCGGCGAGGCAACGAAGAUGAUGACGACUCGGGCAGUGACGACGACGAUGACGACGAGGGCUUGCGGCCAAGCGGCAGGAAGAUGUCCAUUCACGUACGUGGCGGGACUUCGGCUGGUCGUCGUGGUUAUGGUGCUGGGAGGCGGGGCAUGUGGAGAGGCACCUCCCACCGGGGCAGGGGACGAGGCGGUGGAUUGGCUCCCAGCUCUGGGCUGAAAAUGAGGCGGGGCUUCGGGGUCCGAGGCGAGAGAGGCGGCCGGGUUCGACUCCGGGGUGGAGCAAGGAUGCAGCGGCGACGCUACGAAUCCGACGAUGACGACGAUGAUGAUGACGACGAUGAUGACGAUGACGAUGAUGAUGACGACGACGAUGAUGACGAUGACGAAAGCGAUGAAGAGCACAUGAGCCACACAGAGAAAGGGCACCGGCGACGGCGAAGGAGACGUAGACGGAGAGGAGACGACGACGACGAUGACGAUGAUGACAGCGAUGAAGACAGUGAGGACCGGGAUCUGGACGGAGAGGAUGAGGAUAUGGAGGACAUGGAUGAAGAUGGCGAGGAGAAGGACGACGAAGACGACGAUGAAGACGACGAUGGCAACCAGACCGACUCGGAGCCGGAGCCGCCCGUGCUGCUCGUGUCGGACCUGAACGACGAGCUGCUCAACGGCUCGUACCUGACGGUCACCCUGCAGCGGCCCACCAAGGCCAAGCGCGACCCCGGCUCCAUCGUGCCCAAGCUGGAGGCCGCCAUGUCCCCGCGGACGCCCGCCGGCGGCCACCCCGGCGCAGGCUUCGUCCAGCGCAAGACCCUGCACAAGGCGCGCCACAAGAACAACGGCGGCGCCACGGGCAACGGCCUCGCUCAGUCCAAGGGCGGAGCGCUGGCGGCAGGCAGACACCCUCGCCACGGCAACCACCGGCACCACCACCACCAUCACGGUGACAGGGACACCGCGUCGCCGUCCAGCUCGGCGUCCUCACGCUCCUCUGUGUCGCCCACGCCGCCCCCGCCCUCCUCCUCCGCCUCUCCUCCCUCGCUCCUCUCCCAUCCCUCCUUCCGGGAGGUGGGGAACGAGCCGGGCGGCGAGAAGGAGGUGUGGGUGUCUGUGUUCAGCUACCUGACGCGUACGGAGCUCAGCGUCUGCAUGACCGUCUGCAAGGCCUGGUACAAGUGGGGCUGUGAUAAGCGUCUUUGGACCCACAUAGACCUCAGCCGCUGCCGCUCUCUGACCUCUCAAGCCCUCUCUGGCAUCAUUAAGCGCCAGCCAGUGACCCUUGACCUCUCCUGGACUCCCAUCUCCAAGAAGCAGCUCUCCUGGCUCAUCCACCGAAUGCCAGGCCUGAAGGAUCUGCUGGUGGCCGGCUGCUCCUGGCUGUCUGUGUCGGCACUCAGCUCCUCCAGCUGCCCCUACCUGCGCACCCUGGACCUGCGCUGGGCCGAGGGCGUCCGAGAUGGACAGAUCAAAGACCUGGUCACACCACAAGGCAGCGAGUCACGCAGCCGAUUGCGGGGCAUGCAGACCCUGCGCCUGUCCGGUCUGGACAUCAGCGACUCGACGCUGCGGCUGCUGCUCAGGCACAUGCCCCUGCUGCAGCGGCUGGACCUGGCCCACUGCCGGGCCCUCACUGACCAGUCCAUCAACCUGCUCACUGCCACAGGCUCCCCCACCCGCCACACCCUCACCGAGCUCAACCUUGCAGGUUGUCAUAAACUGACCGACGCGUGUCUGCAGUCCCUGAAGCGUGCGUCUGCGCUGCAACUGCUGGACCUGCGGGGCUGCAAGGGCGUGACGCGGCGCGCCUGCGAGAGCUUCAUCUCCGACCUCUCCUACUGCACCUACUUCUGCAUGACGGACAACAAGCUCAUCCAGAGGAUAUCCUAACAGUGUGUGGCCCACACACACACACACCCAAUGUCCACAUGCCCCCACACUUCCCUCUCUUCAACACACACCUGACCGCAGCAGUCACCGUAAAACACCCACAAAUCCUCCUCGAUGUCGAUGACGAGAGUGAGUGGGACCGGGAGGAAAGAACCUGCAGCUGCAGCAGCAGCAGCGACGGCUCCUCUUCAGUGUCUGGGGAUGGAUGGCCAUAAGGAGUGGGGGAGGGGAGUAAUGAAAUGAAUGACCAGUGAGACUGCCCUUGAGAUGGCGUCUUGGAGGAAAUGGGAUGGCUGGCAGAGAGCGUUCUGAUGGCUCCUCAGAGAGAGAGAGAGAGCAAGAGUGAGAGGUGCUCUAAUGGCCGAGUUGCACUCAAGUUUUUUAAACUGAGAACUGAGAACACUGGGCCUGUAGGACAAGCGUCCUCACUGUGUGUUUUUGUGUCUGUGUGUGUGUUAGUCUCCGUAACCAGAGGAGAGCGAGCCGUGUUCAGUAGAUGAGAACAGCUGCUUGAUGAACAGCUGAACGUCCAGCCAGUGGGAGCUCGUAGCAUUGCUGUGUAGGCGAUGAGGUUUGAGGCCAGCGGCAGUGAGCUUUACAGUACCUAAGGCAUCACAUUCUGAGGCGGUGGUGAGGACCUUUUCCUUAUGCCUCCACCAGUGCCUUCACCAGAACCUGAGGUAGCACAGGCCUGAUGGACUGCCAGUCAAAGUGUGUGUGUUGGCCUACCCUCUGGGGGGUGUCCGGUGGAAGGGCCCACACUCAAAGCCUGGUGCCAAGUGAGAACACUGCUUUCAGCCAAACUCGCUGUGUGGUUUUUACACGGCCUCCCUCAUCGUGUGUCGUCUUCUCAUUCUCUCAACUCCUUUUCUGCGUUUUUUUGUCUCGGGGUGUCUGUUCUAUAAUUCCUGUACAUCUUCAAAAACCUGUCCCCAAACUUCACUUCAGACAGCAUCUCAAUGUCUUCAUUCAGCAACACCAACACUGUUAUCAAAUCUUUUUUUUUCUUUUCUUUUUGCAGCAUUUAUGUUGAGUGGUACAUUGUUCUGUCUUUUACCCUGCUGUACCUCUAGUCUCAAUUAAGGGUUGUUUAUAUUUUCUGUGUAAAUUGUUUUGCCCUGUUGUUAAAAACCUGACUUUAUAGUAAUAUUGCUUGAAGCAUCAAGGUGGCAGUUAUUUUCUCAGAGGAUGUUUUUUCCAAGAAAUAAAAAAAAUCUAUUACAAAAAAAAGCUUAAAAUAAAAGACAAUCUGA